AUAUAUCUACUGAGAAGACAGAAGACUUACUUUCAUCAUCUGAAUCAAAUCCAAAGAGUGUCUGACAUUUCUUUUGUGCAAGAUGAGCCUCAAGUGCUUCUGCAUUACAGAAAGGCAUGACUUCCCGGCACCGCAGGGAAAGUCGGGUGCAAGCCCAGAGACUCUUCCCCCACCACCACUUGUUGAAAAACUGAUUUGAAGGCAUCGCCGGGUGUGAGCCGACGGAACGCGCCAGGGUUUGAUGCGUCUCUGGUUUUGCACGGAGACCCUUCUCUGCUGAGUAUCAGGACAAAAAAACUGGAAACAAACCCGAACCUUAUUCGAGGUCAGAAUGGAGCGAUUUGUAGUAACAGCACCACCUGCUCGAAACCGUUCUAAGACUGCUUUGUAUGUGACUCCCCUGGAUCGAGUCACUGAGUUUGGAGGUGAGCUGCAUGAAGAUGGAGGAAAACUCUUCUGCACUUCUUGCAAUGUGGUUCUGAAUCAUGUUCGCAAGUCUGCCAUUAGUGACCACCUCAAGUCAAAGACUCACACCAAGAGGAAGGCAGAAUUUGAAGAGCAGAACGUGAGAAAGAAGCAGAGGCCCCUCACUGCGUCUCUUCAAUGCAACAGUACUGCGCAGACAGAGAAAGUCAGUGUUAUCCAGGACUUUGUGAAAAUGUGCCUGGAAGCCAACAUCCCACUUGAGAAGGCGGAUCACCCGGCAGUCCGUGCUUUCCUGUCUCGCCAUGUGAAGAAUGGAGGCUCCAUACCUAAGUCAGACCAGCUACGGAGAGCAUAUCUGCCUGAUGGCUAUGAGAAUGAGAAUCAGCUCCUCAACUCACAAGAUUGUUGACAAGGAGGUUUCCACCAUUGUGAUCAAGAUAAAUAAUGUGGAGUAUUAAAGUUAUGUGUUGAUUGUGUGGUUCAUUUUUAUAUUUAUUUCAUUUAAAAUCAUGUGAUGCAGAAUAGUUUUGCGAUGUGUAUAUAGUUGCAGGCAAGAAGAAAACCUCACUGCAAAACUUAUUGAUAAUUUUAGUCACCAAUGGUAUAAAGCAAAACUUAGGUUUAGAGUGUGCUAGGAUACCUGAAAUCUGAUGGUUAUCUUUAAAAUUGAUGGUUUUUCUCCUGAAAAUGUUUGUGCAUGGAAGAACUGCCCUGCUUUUUUACCCUGUUGCCAUGUAUGAUUAUUCCUUGUGAGAUUACUUAAUUACUCGGAUUGAAGACUAGCCUAGGAAAUUGAAGCUGCUGCCAGGCAACACCACUCACAGUUACUGAAAGGAACUAAUUCUUCAGAGGACCCUCUUCAAAAUGGAAGGGGUGGUGGGAAAACUGUUCCUCUGUGAUCAGAUCCCUAGCAGAAAUGAGUCUUUCAAACUAUGUUUUACUUGUAUAUGAUGUAGUUACCUUAAUUAGCCUUCAGUUCCAUGCUUUUUUUUUAACCACUUUUUAAAGGCUUACUGUUGUAUUUAGUAGCAGCUUCAAGUGACCAAAAGACUAAAAUCUUUCUUUCAGUGUCAGUGCCAAAAGCCAUGGGGAAUUUUGCAGUGACAAGAUUUUAGUCUCUUACUAUGAAUACAGAUUUUUUAACCAUACCUUUUACUUUAAGCACCAUCUUGAAUUUGCAAACCUUUUUUUUUUUUUUGAUGUCUUGGUGUUAAAAGACUUCAAGAUUGGCAUUUUUAUUUAAACAGGUAGAUAUUUUAUGGUUGAGUUUUCUCUUUUUACAGAGAAUUAGUAAUGACUUUUUGGCAGACAGAUCAGAUAAGGAAAUUACUUUCUAUACGUUAAUUUUUCCAUAUGAUUUUAUAAGAGUUAUUUAGGUAAAUAGACUAGACUAGAAGCAAGUUUACUUUAACUUUCAUCUGCUUUGCCUCUGGUGGUACAAGGUUUUUAAACAUGGAUGGUAAAUACUUGUCUAGAAAUUCUGGCAAGAUUUUUAUAGUGGAGAUCUGGCAGUAUCCUGCAUAACUGUUUGGGUGAGGAAAUAAUCAGUUCUGUUAAAGGUCAACCAUGUUCAGGAAAUGAUCUCUGUCUGAACCUCACUGUCCUGUAAGGUUAUCGAAGUAGCUUAGCCCAGCUAAGUCCUCUCUAUCAGAGACCCCAAUUAUAUUUUUAAAAAAUUUAACAGCUGGAAACUUGGACUAGAGCUUUAAUUUUUAAAAAAAAAAAAAUCUUAAAUUCUUUGAAAUUCAAAAUAAAAGUAUUUUUAAGAUAUAUCUAUUACAAAGCACUGACAAAUGAUGCCCUAUGUGACUUGGAGUUAUCUUUAACUUUUUUUUUAAUACCACAAAUCUUCAUUUAAAAAAGAAAGCCAAAGUGAAAAAAAAAUUCAGAUUUUGUAUUUUUCAGAAACAACUUUCCAUGUCUUAAGUUUUUCAUGCAGUCUUAAGUUUCUAAUUCAGGUUGUCAAACAGGCCAUCUAAUUUUAGGGUUUGUUUUGUUUUCAUUUAAGAAAUAAGCCUGCCACCAAAAAAAAAAAAUCACUUGUCAAAAUGUGAACUCUGUUUUUCUCAUGUUCUGUUAAAGUGGCACAGUGUAUGCCUAGAGGAGUCCUCGCACUGAUGAAGCCUGUGUGUGAGGAGACCAACAGCAAAACCCAGGAUGUGUUUUGCCUUUACUUCCUCUAAAAGAAUUUGCAGGCAAACAUGUUUAAUUUGGAUUAUCUAGGAGGGUGAAAGAUCUAUGAGGCUAGGAAGACAAUUGGGGAGUAUAGCACUAUUUUCAGAAUGCAAAAAGAAUCACAAAUCAUUCUUGUUUUGGGAGUUUGAUGUGAUUCGGACUGCUCUCUAUUUGAGUAUCAGUUUGCACCAACAGCAAAAUAUAAUGGCAGAACAGCUUUGAGUAGUCUUAAGCGGUGAACUGGAUGAUGUGUUAGAAAAGCAUCAGUCAUUUAAGUUUCCAGUAAUUACUGAUUUGAUAAUCACUUAGGUCCCAUAUAUCUCAAUGUUUUCUCAGGCUCCUAUCUUCCCACUUUCACUAUGUCUAAGGGCAUAAUCCAUUCUUCUAUAUCUUAUCAUGUCCUUGGACGCAUUUUUCCAUCCUGUUGUGGGGAUUUAGUAUUAAUGUUUCUUUACUGAUUAUGAAACUUUCGUUCCCUGAAACUGGUUAACUUUGUCUCAUGAUUAAGUAAAUAAGGCAGAAUGAUUGUUUUAGCCUGCUCAAACUGGUAUAAAUUCCUGAAACCAUGUUUGGCUAUGUUAGAUAACAAAGGAGGAUGUCCAAGAGGCAUAUGCUGCUUUGGAGGUGUAAUGAACGUGUGUACAGAAGCUUUCAAUCUUAACUAUAAUAGUGUUAGUGUGAUGCUAUACUAUUGGAAAAUAGCAACUUUUCUAUUUUAUAAGUUGUAUGCAUAAACAUAAGAUUUGUAAUGUUUCAUUUAUAAACUGCCUUCUUCGACACGUGUUAAUAGUGUUUUCUCAAAGUAUGGUAGUAUGUCUUCCAGAAUUUCACAAUAUGCUUACAGUAAAUAGUUCCUAGCUUGUUGAAUUGUUAAAUUCCUGUUGGCUUUCUUUUGAUUCUUCGGGGCACGUAACAAGCCUGAAGGACAUUGUAAUCAUUUCUUACAGGGUGAAAAUUUAGAAAGAUUGUAUGAGAGCCUAUAUAGUUUUAUCCAUUGUCAUCUUUGAUUGAGACUUUUUUUUUAAGUAAAUAAAUACGACUUCUACUUAAUGCAUUUGGCUCUACCGAAUUUUCAGGGACCAGAAAACUUUAAAGUUCUGCGUCUUACAAUUGCAACCAGUUAAGUAUCAGCUUGGGAUUGUUCUGAAAGUAUUAAUUGCUCAAAAACUAGUAUGAGUACAGUUGGCAAAAUCUCCAAGCCCAAAGUCCCAUGUUAAAAUUUUUGCCUGAAAGAAUUUGCAUGUGAAUGUUAAUGGAAACCACAUAUAAACAAAAUUAAAUUUAAGGUGGCCCAAAACAAAAGCCAACAAUUCAUCGUUUAGUGCUUAGUGUUUGUAAGGGCUCUCUGUGGUUUGACUUGCCCCAACUGCCAUUAAAUGAGGACAGAUCACCUUAAGACAUGUUACUUUAAUACAUAACAUGGAAGAUCGGUUCUGUAAUUUCACUGAAAAUCUUAGCCUAAAGAAAAUUGCUUUAGCCUCUGGUCAGCACUGAUUAAAAUGUGAAUAGUGAAGUGGCUAUCCUAAACCUUGGUUGAUCUCAACCCAUACUAUCAUAGAUUUCUGAGAUAAAUGCAAUUUUUAUCUAGUGAUAUUCUACUUGUAUCCUGAAUACUGUAUUAAUUAAAGUUUUACUAUGUUCAUUUUUUGUAAUCCGUGCUUAUUUUUUUGCUCACGCAUGUAUCCUUAGUACAAAUGUGUCGCUUUAAAAGUUUUGUCUCUGUGACUUUUAGAAAUAAAUUUCAGAAAAAUGGUUUCAAAAGUUUUUGAAGAACAUUUUAUUGUUGUGUGAAUCAAUGACAGAUGUAUUUCCUAAUUCCAAAA